AUGGAUGCUUCUGGAGAUGAGGAGGAGAUAGAUCAAAUUAUAUGUUUAUGUGGUCGUCUUAUUCAAGUCUAUCUUGAAAAGUACAUUCAGAAAACUCCAUGUAUGACAAGCUCCCAAACAGGUUACAUUUGGUUAAUGGAAAUGUUAGAAGGCAAUGAAAGUAGGUGUUAUAAUCAAUUUAGGAUGGAUAAACAAGUCUUCAUGAUGCUUGUAAAUGAUUUGGGUAGGAUAUUGAAGGGCUCAAGAAACAUGAGUAUCGUUGAAAUGUUGGCUCUGUUUCUUUAUAUUUUGGGACAAGGUCAGACUAAUAGGAAUACACAAGAACGUUUUCAACGUUCUGGUGAGACGGAUUGCAUUGGUGCUAUCGAUGAUGUUCAUGUUCAAGCUUCGAUAUCUCCAUGUGAUCAGGUGCCAUAUAUUGGAAGAAAAGGGAUACCCACCCAAAAUGUAUUGGCUAUAUGCAACUUCGACAUGCAAUUCACAUUUGCAUGUGCAGGGUGGGAAGGCACUGCCCAUGAUAGUAGAGUAUUCUUAUCAGCUCUACGCGAUCCUCAAUCGAAUUUUCCUAAACCCCCAAAUGGAAAAUACUAUGUGGUGGAUGUCGGAUAUCCACAAAUGAAGGGUUAUUUAGGACCAUAUAAAGGUGAGCGGUACCACCUUCCACAUUUCCGUAGAGGUGAUGAGCCGACCGGUCAUAAAGAAAUAUUCAAUCAUGCACAUUCUUCACUUAGGGGUGUUAUUGAGCGCACUUUUGGGGUAUGGAAGAAGAAAUGGAAUAUUUUACGUGAUAUGCCUCACUUUCCUUAUAAAAAACAAGUUAAGAUAGUUAUUGCUACUACGGCUCUUCAUAACUACAUACGAAGAUAUGCUCCACGAGAUAUUGAUUUUGAUGAAAGUGGAAAUUACUCAAGUGAAGAGACUAGUGAAGAGAUGGAGGAUAAUGAACAUGAUGGAGAUGGACCGGGAAGACAAGAAAUGGAGGUGUUAAGAAAUGCAAUUGCACAAAGUCUAAUGAAUGCAUCUACUUAG